UAUAUUGUCUCAUGUCUCAUCUCAUAGCCUUGAUUUAACUGAUUCAAGUGCAGUGUGUGUGCAAAUACAGUAGUGCAUUGAUCUAAAUUUAUAUAAAAGCAGGUUGAUGGGACCAUCCUUUGGUUACAAGGCACGUGGUGGAUUUAUGAUUUUUACCCUGGUGUUGUUUUAAUUUAAAUUUUGCGAGUGAAACGAGACACGAAAAUGACAACCUCGUCUGAGGAUGUGCUCAUGCAAGUGGGACAAGUGAGGUACAAAAAAGGCGAUGGGACCUUAUACAUUAUGAACGAGAGGAUAGCGUGGAUGCUGGACAACAAAGAUACUGUCUCGGUUAGCCACAAAUAUGCAGACAUUAAACUGCAAAAGAUUUCGCCAGAGGGUAAGCCAAAAAUACAAUUGCAAGUCGUUUUGCACGAUGGCACAUCCUCGACCUUCCACUUUGUCAAUGUUAAGGGAGUGGAAGCACAAGUCCAAGACAGAGAUGAGGUUAAAGAAUUGUUGCAGCAACUCUUGCCCAAGUUCAAGAAAAAAGUUAACAAGGAGCUGGAAGAGAAAAACAGGAUAUUGCAAGAACAUCCAGUGCUUCUUCAGCUGUAUCGUGAUCUUGUAAUAACACAAGUAAUAACAUCUGAGGAAUUUUGGACUCAGCAUGCCCCACAGUAUACUCAAGCCAAACAAGUACCUAAGCAAGACAUUGGUGUAAAUAGUGCCUUUUUAGCUGAUAUCAAACCACAAACAGAUGGCUGUAACGGACUGAAAUACAAUUUAACAGUAGAUAUAAUAGAGUGUAUAUUCAAAACAUAUCCAGCUGUUAAAAAAAAACAUCAGGAAUACGUGCCUCAUAAAAUGUCCGAAUCAGACUUCUGGACAAAGUUUUUUCAAUCUCAUUACUUUCACAGAGAUCGCAUAAAUGUCGGGACCAAAGAUCUGUUUACAGAAUGUGCCAAAAUAGAUGAUCAAGAAAUGAAAAAGGAUAUCCAGGCGGGAAUAGACGACCCUACGGUUGAUUUGACUGGUUUCGAUGACAUAAAUGUAGAGGAUAUGUAUGUCGGAGAUGCCGCAGCCGCUAAGGCUGACAAAUCAUCCGUUAACAUUAUUCAUCAGAGUAUGAUAAAGAGAUUUAAUCAACAUAGCAUCAUGGUUAUGAAAGCCAAUAAAAAUCAGUCUUUGUCAAUGAAAGAUCAUCCUCAGGCGAAUGGUUCAGCAAUAACAAAUAAAAACUCAAGUUUUAAUUCUAAUGCAACAGCUUCAGCAGACUCUGAUUUACCAAAAUCUAAAAAACGGUGUAUACAAGAUAAAAUAGUGUUUGAGGAUCUUGACGACAAAUACGAUGUGCAAGUAAAUACUGGACCGCCACUGGUUCUGACGCAAGUCGACAGAUAUUUACACGGCCCAGUUUCAUUAAACGAAAACAAUCAUGACGCGUCGACAGAUCAAAUCAGAGUUACCAUAAGUCAAUUGUUGAAAGAGAUGGAAAAAUGGUCGAGCACCGCUUAUCUACCACGACAACCAUCAACGUCUUUAGUUAAUCCCGCUGCUGCUGUAUCAGCACUGGGAGAACUCACUCCUGGUGGAUCGUUGAUGAAAGGAUUUCGAGAGGAUAGUCUUAGUCAGUUAAUUCCUAAAGAGGUGGAAAAAGAACUUGCAAGUGUGUAUGUUUGCACGUGUGAACUUUUGAGACAUUUUUGGAGGUGUUUUCCACCAACGACUCCGCAACUCGAGGAAAAAGUUGGCAGAAUGCAUACGGCACUACAGAAUUUUCAUACAGUAAAGCUGAAACCAUUCGAGGCGCGAUUACAAAGAGAGUUUUCAGCAGUCAGUCAACAUCUUACAAGUCACUUAAAUCAAUUACUCAAUGCUGCCUACAGAAAGUUUGCCGUCUGGCAGCAACGUCGAGGAGGUCAGCUUCGGUAGCCGACAGUCGGAUUUUGAAUCGGCACAUUGACGUUCUCCGCACUUACUCUAUGUACGAUGACACAACAAUACAGAUAUACUUAUCACUCGUGUUUUCAAAAAUAUACAUGUGAAGCAAUGCAAAAGCGCUUGAAAAUAUUAAUUAUUUUCGAACAUUGAAACAUUUACUGUUUGUUAUCGUAAAAGUCUGAGCUUGACUCUUAUCAAUCAUAAUUAUACAUUGAUUGAAUUAAAUAGAAAGAAAAAAAAAAAGAAAAAAAAAACCAAUAAUUUUGUAAAAGCCAUUUAUAUAAAGAAAAAGGGCUAGCAAGCCAUGCUUGCAAGUGCUUCCAAAGCAAUUUUUCAAAUAGACAAUUUUAAUAGUUUAAUAGGCUUAAUUUAUUGCUUAAAAAAAUUCUGAAUUAGUUCCCUCAGUUUUUACUGUGUAAAAACUUUGUUUUUUUUUAAUUUUUAUUUUAAAUAAUGUACACUAUUUGUGUAACGUCUGGAAAAUAAAUUA